UGUUUUCUUGAGAGAAAAGAAAUAGAAGAACGAAAGAGCUGAAAAGGGUUCUUCUUCACACACAAACACACACAGUGAGUUUUGUGAUCUGAACUCCAAACUUGUCAUUACCAUCAUGCCGAAGGAACACGCAAACUGGUCUCCAUACGAUAACAAUGGAGGAACUUGUGUGGCGAUUGCUGGUGCGGAUUAUUGCGUUAUUGCAGCGGAUACUCGGAUGUCUACCGGUUACAGUAUUCUCACCCGAGAGUACUCCAAAAUCUGUAAAUUAGCAGACAAAAGUUUCAUGGCUUCUUCAGGAUUCCAGGCUGAUGUGAAAGCACUUCAAAAGGUUUUGUCUUCUAGGCACCUGAUUUAUCAACACCAGCACAACAAACAAAUGAGCUGCCCUGCAAUGGCUCAGCUUCUAUCCAACACCCUUUACUACAAACGCUUCUUCCCUUAUUAUGCCUUUAAUGUUUUAGGUGGACUUGAUAGUGAAGGGAAGGGAUGUGUGUUCACAUAUGAUGCGGUUGGAUCUUAUGAAAGAGUUGGAUACAGUGCUCAAGGCUCUGGUGCCACACUCAUCACUCCAUUCCUUGAUAACCAACUUAAAUCCCCUAGCCCUCUUCUUUUGCCUGCAAAGGAUGCUGUAACACCACUAUCAGAAGCUGAAGCUAUUGAUUUGGUGAAGACUUGUUUUUCAUCAGCAACAGAGAGAGAUAUUUACACUGGAGAUAGUGUUGAAAUUAUAAUCCUAAAUGCUAAUGGUGUUCGACGUGAAAGUGAACAACUCCGCAGAGAUUAGUUUCUCAAGAUUCUCAUUCAUCAUCAUCAUCAUCAUCAUCAUCAUCAUGUCACAAGAUGAAAACUUUUAAUGUUUUAGAUUAUAAUUGGGUUUGAUGCUUUUGAAUAUUUCAGAUCUUGGAUUUCUUUUUGUUUUUCACAUGAGACAUGGUAAUUGUAAUGGAACAUAUAAAUUGUUGUUUAGUAACUGUUAUC